CACCAAGAGAUAACAACAACCGGAAUCCGGAUGUUCUCAUCUUUGCUUUUGUCAAAGCAUCGUAGCCCUAAUAACCGCUACUAGCGCCCAGCUUUUUAAAAACAAAUAUACAAGCAUAAUGUCGAGCUCUUCGAACUUGGUCAGCAUGAAAAAGGCGGUACAGCAGCUCCGCUUCGAGGCGAGUAUACCCAGAGUGAAGGUUUCACAAGCAGCGGUGGACCUGCAGCAGUUUUGCCUGCAGAAUGCCUUGCAGGAUCCAUUGCUGACUGGAGUGUCCUCCAGCACCAACCCCUUCAGGCCACAGAAAGUCUGCUCCUUCUUGUAAAAGUGUCAUCUUUAUUGGCCUUCAUUUAGAUGCUCCAGGGAAAUGUUGACCUCAGCACUGCUCCACUUGCCAAGCCAUUAUACUGCCACGGGAAUCGUAGAACUCAUUGAAGAUGUAUCAGGAAAAUCAAUUUAUUAUUAUUGGUGACA